AGACCCACCUUCUAAAAGGAAUACUAAUAGUAAUCUGGCUGUGAACAAGAGAAGUCAACACGAUAGAAGAUAAAAUGAUCAACUGGAAGGCUUUGGACAAUGUCCCUGUCCUCCUGUACAUCCUGGCCCUGAAGACACUGCUGCUAUGUUUGGCGUUCGCUGGGGUGAAGAUCUACCAAAGCAAGAAAGCAGAGGCAGCCCUGAUGAAGCAGCAGGCUGAGAGGAGGAGGCUGGCCCAACAGACGCAGGAGCUAAUCGACAACUUGAAGGAGGACUGAGCAGAGGAGAGAAGCUGGCUUACACAGGGAAACAUUUUACUGACCUGAGCAACAAGCCACUUUCUCCAAGAUGAGCCACAUGUCUCACUGUCAACAGGCAACAGGAGGGCUUUCCCGUGCUGCAGGAAACUGUUUGUGGUUGUAGGACUGGGACUGUUCACCAUGUCAGUUUUAUCUAUCUUGUGUAAAUGUUUGACUGAACCAGGUUUUUAUGAGACUAAAUCACAGCAGAAAACGUGGACUCCUGAGAUGACACUGAGUCCUGCUCAGUGAAAGAAACAAUGCAGGUUUAGUAUCAUCUUGUCAUUUGCCAAACAUUCACUCUGCCUCCUCAAACAUCUUCUGCCUUGCUUAUGCUCAUUCAACUCCUCAGCUGAGACAUCAGCCAGACACACAGAAAACAACUCUAACACUUGAAUAUAUUUCACUUUGUACAACACCAGAUAGUUUGUCAAAUGUGCUUAUUCAUAUAAAUACAGCAUGGUGUUUAUUAUGUGAUAUUCCUUUGAAAUUGUCAAUCAGCUUUUGAAGUUUUGUAAUUAUAUUAAAUCGUUUGUUCCACA